UUGACCCGGCAGAACUACCCAAUCGAGCGCAGAGUUAUACAUUUGUGUUUAAAAAGAGCGGUUUUUCCGCUUUUAAUUUGAUACUGUUGAGCACGCGAGAGUCUUGCAGUUUUCUACGAAAACAGAAACAAAAAGGAUCCGUAUUUAAAUGAAACUUAAAGAUAUGGCCACAAGAAAACUAGCAAAGUAAGUGAAUCUGUGCUAGCCACACAAAUACAACAAUGGUUUAGAGAAGGAAAUUAGGAUUACUGAGACAGCAUAGUCAAUCCUCUGUGUCAAAGAAAUCUGUGGUAUCAGGUCAGAUAUUUUCAUACUUGAUUGUUAUUGACUUUGAGUCCACCUGCUGGAGAGAGAGAAACAAUUAUGGUCAGGAAAUUAUCGAGUUUCCUGCUAUUUUACUGAACACGUCCACAGGGGAGGUUGAGUCGGAGUUUCACACAUACGUUCAACCUCAGGAACACCCCAUUCUGUCUGGGUUUUGCACAGAGCUGACUGGAAUUACACAGAUGCAAGUUGAAGCAGGGAUCCCUCUUCAGAUCUGUCUUUCACGGUUCAACCGCUGGCUGCAAAACCUGCAGCUUGAGAAGGGAGUGACUUUUCCCAACAAACAACAGACAUGUUCAGCCUCUGUCUCAACCCAGAAGUUGUGUACUUUCCUAACAUGGUCAGACUGGGACCUUGGAGUUUGUUUACAGUAUGAGUGUAAACGCAAACAGCUUCUUAAGCCAGAAGUUCUCAAUAACUGGAUCGACCUGAGAAGCACAUACAGGCUCUUUUACAACCGUAAACCCAAAGGCUUGAACGGAGCACUACAGGAUCUAGGAAUACAGUUUUCUGGGAGAGAACAUUCUGGUUUGGAUGAUUCCCGAAACACAGCUCGGCUGGCACAGAGGAUGAUGAGGGAUGGAUGUGUGAUGAAGAUCACUCGGAGCCUGGAGAGGACCUCGGUGAUGGUCAAACCCAUGUGUGGAAGCAGUUCUCGCCCUGUGGAAGACAAGAAAGGAAACCUGAAUACCAGUAAAAGGGAAACUGUCGUCACCACCAGCAAACUUUCAUCAUCCAAAGUUCCUCUCAAAAAUGUUCCAAAGCACUCCCGUUUAGAGCCCGUGCCGAGAGAUUUGGACACAAAGGGAAAUUCAAGUUGUCAAAGCCUGAUUUCACCAAAGACGCUGCUGAGUAUCAGCACCGCACCAUUGCAUGAACAAAAAAGCAGGCCUGAUACACCGAAAGCAGCUGCUAGUUGUACAUCCACAGGAACAGUAAAUGGCAGCCAUGUUCUGUGCUCGACCACUGUCAGCUGCUUUUCAAACCAGGCCUUACAAACAAGCCAGCUGGGUGAAGAGGACGCAGAACCUAUAGUGGAACCAGAGGGCAGGUGUGGUUCUUAUGAUGACGUGGUGUUGGAGUGUGAUGAUGCCGUAAGAGACACAGAAGGAGAGCAUGACGUUGAGUAUGUGUCAGAUUUUGACAGUGGGUGUUAUGAGUUGGAAGAGCCAGAUCAUUCAUGGUCACCUGAGGGUCACGUUACAUUAGGGGAUCUAAAAGAAAAUAAUCAAAGAAAGCAAAAUAUUAUAUGUAAAUCUAAGAAUUGGUCAGAAUCUAAUACGCUUUUUGCUGUGCCUAAAACCAUUAACUGGAGUACAUUGAAUCAAAGAAAAGUAAGGUGUAUGACUUCUCCAGAUCUUCAGUCAAACUUAGGUUUCCAGAAAACCAAGCAAACAAAUGUGGUUUCUCCUGUGAAUUUGAAACCCUUUUUACCAGAAAAGACUUCCACCCCUAAUACCUCUACUGCUAGGCAAAAACCUGAGGUCCCAAAAUGGACUGAGCCUUGGAAGGUAUCAAUUACCAAAUACCCUGAGCCAAAAGAGAAGGCCUCAGGGUCCUCCCAUCGCUCUUCGUUUGGUUCUCGUCACAUUCCCAACGUCCUUUCCUCUCUCUCAACCAACACAUCCUCAUUCUCUGCCAAUCGUUCCUGUGUUUCUUUCACAUCAGUAGGACAGCAAAAGAUCACUUCUCCGCUGUGUGCAUGCGGCCGUCGGUCAAAACGGCAGGUUGUGUCCAACGGUGGUCCAAACCAUGGGAGGGGUUUUUAUUGCUGUCCGGUUCGUCGCUCAGGUGGCAGAGGCCUCAUGGAGAAAGGAUGUGACUUUUUUAAAUGGGAGUCAGCCCUGAUGAAGAGUGACUCUAUGGUUGCUCUUGUUGAGGGUUCCUCCAUCUCUGUUGGUCAGAUCAACCCUACUCUCCUUAACAGGCGCUGCUGAAAAAAGCCUACUGAAAAUUGUGCGUCGGUCUACUUUGUUUUUCAAUCUGAUGUGUAUUUGUGAAGGUAUGUUUAUAUAGAUGUGGACAAGAUUGUUGGUACCCUUCGGUCAAUUAAGUAAAAACCCUCAAUGGUCAUAGAAAUAACUUGAAUCUGACAAAAAUGGAAAAAUGUAUCCACCGUGCUUCAACUGAAAUAAGAAAAAAGUUUACUCCUGGAAUAGGCCUGGACAAAAUGAUGGUACCCCUAACUUACUAUUUUGUUGAAUAACCUUUUGAGGCAAUCACUGCUAUCAAAUGAUUCCUGACCACUGUAAGACUUCUGCACCUCUCAGCAGGUAUUUUGGCCCACUCCUCAUGAGCUGCACCAUCGAGAGCAUCCUGACCAACUGUGUAACAGUCUGGUAUGGGAACUGCUCCGCCUCGGACCGGAAGGCGUUGCAGAGGGUCGGGAAAACUGCCCAGCGCGUCGCCGGAGCACCACUUCCUGCCAUAAAGGACAUCUACAGGAAGCGGUGUCUGAAAAGGGCUAGGAAAAUCAUCAGAGACCUCAUACACACACAGAAAUGAAAAUGAAAGAAAAUCUCACUCCAAGACGUUUUUUUUUAAGUUGGCAGCCCUGAACUAAAGUAUGUUUAAUGUGGAGCUGUUCUUUUUAAUUUUUUGUAUUGUUUAUAAGCCUGUUAUUUGUCUUCCAUGUAGUUCAUAUUUAUGGAUUGAAUAGUGUUUGCUCUUAGACCCCAGUAACUACUACAAUCGUUAUUGGGGACUUUAAUUAAACUAAACCUAUGUGUAAAUAUUGUA